AUGAUAAUUAUCCAUCUGCCAUAAAAAUAAUAUUAGAAUAGUGUAAGGAUCCUAAGAAUUUACCUAUCGAAUAUUGCAGACAAUAAUGAAAAUGGUAUGAUGAUAAAAAUUACAGAUUUGUAAAAGCAUUCUUAUCUUUAAAAAGAAUUGUGUAUAUUUUUGAUCUAAUUUUAUUAAAAUAGAUGUAUCCAUACAGGGAUUUAGUGAUAUGUGUUGAGGUUUGUGUAUAACAAAAUGCUUUUAAAGGAAAUUAAAAUGGUUUCAUCUUUCAUUGA